CCUGGCCUGGCCUUGGGCCCGUGGCCUUUCUGGGGACACCAGCACCCGGAGCUGAGCAGGGCUGGACUGAUGGGGAGCCUGAAGGGCCUGAUGGGGAACGCCUGCCCUGGGCUGUCAACCUGUGCCAGGUAUGGCUCCACGCCAGGUAGCAUCGCUGUGGCGUUUGCCCAUUUGGCACAGACAGUUUGAACCCAAGGGUUUCCUUCCAAUCCUGUCACGUCACCAUGCCCUUUAAGCAGCUGACGGGUUGGUUGACAUUUCUGAGGGCCCAGGAGGGCCUGGCUGCCGGAGAAGAGGCAGCUGUGCCUUUAGGUCCUGAGUUCGCACAGGGCAUUCAUUCUCAGCAAUCCGGAAGACGACCCUCAAGCUGCCCUCCUGAAGCCACACCCACUCCCAGGAGGCAGGGGAGGGCACCCCUGUUCCCGAGUGUUCUCAGGAGGCCCGGAGGCCCGCUGAUGGCAGAGUUGAAGAACAAUGGGAGAUUUGCCCUUGAGAAGGCCCAACGAUCCCCUUUCUCAGGGAAGUGCUCCAGGACCCUGACUCUCAGGCAGGCCUGCCUCACCCCUACACGGACUCCCUCCACUGAGCCCCCUGCGUGUCUUCAAUUCCGUGCUGACGGGGAAGGGAGUUCUGGCCGCACCUCCCACCCUUCAGGUUCCGGGAUCUUCGCUUUCCAGACACUCCGCCACUUCCCCCGAUUUAUCCAGUUUUGGCGGCCUCGGGAUGUGGGCCUGGGGCUCGCUGGUGGGGCCAGGCCAGCAGCCAGGGCCCUGCGAGGCCCACCUGGGCUCCCCUCCCAGCUUCCUGGAUCUACCCCUACUCCCUCUGUAAAAAGCCGCACGACGACGGUGGCCAGGUUCAGGGAGCCUCCGCGGUCUACACCAGUCCUCUCGUUAAACCUCACAAGUCCCCAAGGCAGGAAGGAGUUCCUGGUCCCUCUUUCGAUGGCAGAGGACAGGGACCUUCCGAGGGCUCUGCACGUCUCACACUCUCACGUGACCACCUUGCAGUUCAAAAGCUCCACUUGGCUAGAACCGCCGAGUUCUCUGGUGGUGCUGCCUCACUGGAGGACAACUGUCAGCUCAGAGGCCACGUCUUCAGUUCCCAGCCCCUUGGCCUCUGCCACCGCAGGCCUCUCCCUGACCUGAGGUUGCCCUGCUGUCUCCCCUCCCUUCCCUCGCCCGCAGGCUGUAUCCUCACCCCUCCUGCCACUUCUGGGCUCCGGGGCUCACCCCACAGCUUCGAGCCGUCUCCUCUCCUGCCCACGCCCAGGCUCCCAGCUGGCUGGCGGACCUCAGCCCCCCGCCCCCGCUCCCCUCCCACUCUCCCCAUCUGACCCGUCUCAUCCACACUCUGGGCCCCUCUUCCUCCCAAACCACUUCCUCCUCUUGAGGAACCCCCUCACUGGUCCUGCAGUCACUUGGGUUCCACGGUCAUCAGCUUCACCUCUCUCCUCUCCCUCGGCCUCCACAGGCCAUCACCGGGUCGCUCCCCUCCUGCUGCUUCCAAUACCAUUGUCCUGGUUCUCCUUCCCAGAGGGCAGAGCGCGGGGCCCGGGAAAGCCUCCACCGGCCGCUCAUUCAACACUUCUUUAUUGAGAGCACGCACCAGGCCUUGUCCCCACCGCGUGGAGCGAGACAACGCCCGCCCGUGGGGGCACUCAUCCUAGCGGGGACAGAUAGGAACUUCGAUCCAAACGUACAUCAGGUCGGAGUGCCCUGAAAACAGGAAAAGCAGAGCUGGGAUAGGUAUGCCCAAGCAGGGGGGCUCCUUGAUGCGGGGUGGUCCGGGAGGCCCUCCUCCGUCCAGAGGGUGGCAUGGCUGCAGAGGGCCGAGGCCAGUCACCGAGGUCAAAAGGAACGUAACUCUCUGAGGAAGAGCACACCGUCAGUUUGGUAAUAAAAACCCAGGGACUUUAUUUCUUAAUCCUUUCAACUGGAAACACUUGUUGCCACGGGGUCGGGGGGUGACUUGGUGGUCUGUGGGAACACGGUGGGAAUCUGGCUGAACAGGCUUCUGUUAUCUUACAUUUUGAACUACAUGAACGUACUUCCUUUUUAAAACAUUAACUCGUUGAAUAGGAAAGAACGUACCCAGUCUUUUGGAAAAGAUUAAUUAUUCUCGUGGAACUAUUUCCCUAGAGAGGGCCUGUCUGCAUCUCUGGCAGCCGCUGCCAGGUCAGAGCAGACGGGAGCCCUGCCGCACUCCCGAGAGGGCAAAGCCACGUGAGCAGGGUCCUCAGCGCAGCGAGACAGGUGCCCCUAGGAGACCGGGUAGAGGACAGGGAAGGCUGAAGAGCAGGGUCCUCGCUGGGAGCCGACAUCGCCCCGGUCUCUCAUUCGUAAGUGGCGCUCCAUCUGGGCUGUCACGUUCACCCCGAUUUUUAUCAUCAGGCGCCACUGAUGCAUCCUAUUUGGAAAGCCACGGACGGACGGCUACACGAAGGAAACGCCCUACUAAAGACCGGUCCACCAGACAGGAUUUAGCCGGCGCGCUCCCGUGGUUUUGGGUGGAGCUGGGGCCAGAGAGCGCUUCGCUAGUGUGGCUCCGUGGAGGUGGCGGCGAGGAAGGGCCGGCUUUGUAAGGGGCGGAGGCCUGAAUAACAGGGGCUUGAGAAGCCUCAAGAGAUCCCGAAUUAAUCCUCAUGGGACAAGCACACGGCCGUGUAGGCCAAGAGGACAGGCAGAUAAUAAGGUGACCUGUGGGUGAAUGUGUGCGUCCUUCAGAUUCCUACGUUGAAAUCUAAUCCCCAGUGGGAUGGUAUCUGGGGCGGGGGGGGGGGGGGGCGCCUUUGGGAGGUGAUUAGAUUUGGAUGGGGUCGUGGGGUGGAGCCCCCAUGGUGGGACUGGCACCCUUAUAAGGGGAUGAAGAGCAAAGAGCCUUCUCUCUCCGCCAUGUGAGGACAGAGCAAGAUGGCAGCCUGCGAAACAGGAAGCAGGUUCUCAGAGACAUCAAAUCUGCUGGCACCUCGAUCUUGCUCAGACUGCAGAACUGUGAGAAAUGUUAAGCCACCAGCCAGUCUUUUUGUUACAGCAGCUUGCACAAGGGCUGUUUGGAGCACGGCCCAGCGGGGCACGACGGAGGCUGCCGGGGGUGGCAAAUGGGUUCUUGUCCUUUAACUAUUCCACAGAACAGCCACCAACUCCGGCCACUACAGAUUCAGGCUUCCAGUCGCUCAAUCUGGGCACUCCGGGGUCCUCGGCGGAGACAACGGCGGGAGCUGAGCCUCAGAUCUCUCCGUCUUUGGUGCCUAGGACUGAGCCUGGCACGCACCAGGCGCUUACAAACUGCGCAACAGAAUUUUUGGUUUUAAUUACGGGCCGUGAGCCCUGGAAACCCAGUAUUCUGUUCCACUUCAGGAAACCCUCAGCAUCAAUCAUCCAGGACCAAGGACUCUCAAAUUUAGGCCCAGUCCCUAUUUUCCUAACUGAAUCUCUCAGCUGCAGUAUCUGUAUCUUUCUUCAAAAACAGCAUACGAUUUCCUCUUAUUAAAACAACAACAAAAAAAGUUUAUGGCUUUGCUCGAAGCACGCCAA